GGCGUGCGGCGGCCGGAGCGGCGGUGGGCGGGUUUAUGAGCCGGGAGCGGGGCCGUGCCGGCGGCGGCGGCGGCUGACGGGGCUGGCGCGGGCACCAUGGGUGUGAUAGGUGUACAGUUGGUGGUUACCAUGGUAAUGGCUAGUGUCAUACAGAAGAUCAUACCUCACUAUUCUCUUGCUCGUUGGCUUCUCUGUAGUGGCAGCUUACGGUGGUAUCAACACCCCACUGAAGAAGAACUGCGGAUUCUUGCAGGCAAGCAAAGAGGGAAGAGUAAAAAAGAUAGAAAAUAUAAUGGUCAUAUUGAAAACAAGCCCUUAACCAUUCCAAAAGAUAUUGAUCUUCAUCUGGAAACAAAAUCUGUAACAGAAAGGGACACUAUUGCAUUGCAUUACUUUCCAGAAUAUCAGUGGCUGGUGGAUUUCACUGUUGCAGCUACAGUUGUGUAUGUGGUGACAGAAGCCUAUUACAGCAUUAUGAAGCCCUCACAAGAAAUGAAUAUCAGCAUAGUGUGGUGUUUGCUUGUCUUGGCUUUUGCAGUUAAGGUACUGUUUUCAUUGACUACCCAUUAUUUCAAAGUUGAGGAUGGAGGUGAAAGAUCAGUCUGUGUCACCUUUGGUUUUUUCUUCUUUGUGAAAGCGAUGGCAAUACUCAUUGUGACGGAAAACUAUCUAGAGUUUGGUUUGGAAUCAGGAUUCUCGAAUUUCUCAGAAAGUGCUAUGCAGUUUCUUGAAAAACAAGGUUUGGAAUCCCAGGGUCCUGUGUCUAAACUAACCUUCAAAUUGUUCCUGGCUGUUCUGUGUUCACUUAUUGGUGCUUUUUUGACAUUCCCUGGCUUGCGACUGGCUCAAAUGCAUCUGGAUGCUCUGAAUUUAGCAACAGAAAAAAUAACACAAACAUUGCUGCAUAUAAACUUCUUGGCACCUUUAUUUAUGGUUCUACUGUGGGUAAAACCAAUCACUAAGGACUACAUUAUGAGCCCACCUUUGGGCAAAGAGAGCAUUCCUUUAAUGUCAGAAGAUACAUUUGAUACCAUCAGAUUGUGGAUUAUAAUCCUGUUGUGUGUUUUGCGGUUGGCUAUGAUGCGCCAUCAUUUGCAGGCCUAUCUGAAUUUAGCCCAGAAAAGUGUGGACCAGAUGAAAAAGGAAGCUGGUAGAAUAAGUAUGGUGGAAUUACAGAAAAUGGUGGCUCGGGUAUUCUAUUAUCUCUGUGUAAUUGCACUGCAGUAUGUUGCACCAUUGGUAAUGCUCCUUCACACAACUCUGCUCUUGAAAACACUAGGUAAUUAUUCUUGGGGCAUCUACCCAGGAUUGAAUUCUGACUCUCCAGUAGAAAGCAGUCUGCUUCCCAAUUCUGUUAACUCUGAGUCUCCACCUGCUGAUGGAAAGAUGAAAGUAACUGUAGUACAAAUAACAAUGGCUCUGGGAAGUCUAAAGAAUAUUUUCACUCCUCUUCUGUUCCGAGGACUCCUGUCUUUCCUCACCUGGUGGAUUGCAGCCUGUCUUUUUUCUACAAGCCUUUUUGGGCUCUUCUAUCACCAGUACCUGACUGUGGCAUGAACAUGGCAACUGGCAGAGCAAGUGUGAGGUCAAAUUCUAGAUACAAACCCAGGUACCAAGAGGAGAUGAAGAGAAAAGAAAACUAUAUAUGUGAAGAGAAGACAUAUCAUAAUUAUUUUUAAACACUUCCUUGGUGUUCUCAGGGUGAAUAAUCUUAAAAUGUUUAAAAUUGCAACUGGGUUUGUUAUUUUUGUUACCCAAAUGGUAGGUAACUAAUUCAAUUAUAGUCCUGGGACUGACUGACAUUAUUGUGUUGUAGAUGGUGGUAAGCAUGCUGAAAAGAUGUGACCUCUUGGUUUCCAUAAACAGAAAGCCAAACUCAAAAAUUUGUUUUUUAAGCAUCAACAGUCACUGACUGAACUGCAUUCAAAGGGUACUGGACGUAGUGAUGGUGGCUGCCUAUUGAUUAAGCCUUGAAACUGAGCCAUACAGUGAAAGGAGAGAGAGGGGAUUUAAAAAAAAUUCUGUUGGAUAGCUGUUCAUCACUUUUCUCUUUGGAAAAUGAAAAAAUCCAACAGGACAAAAGACAUACUGUAUAUUACAGUAAGGAAAGUUGUAUAAAAUAUAAAUUUAACAAGAGUAGAUGUAUGUACCUGACAGGUAUUGCUGCCUACAUAUUUUGCAGGAGUGCUUGUGCAGUAAGAAGAGAGUUAUAACAAAUAUAUUAUUUCAGUCCCUGUAGUCAUUUUGAAGUAAUGGCCGUCUGUAUUGGUGCUAGUAUUGAUCCACAGAUUGCAUUUGGAUCUUUUAAAUUUCUUCUUCUGAGAUAGUAGAUAAAUUCCAUUGAAUUUACAAAAGAAUAGAAAAUAAUUAGUGACACCAGUCAAACAUUUCAAAACAAAACAGUUUAAUCUUGCUGACUUACAGUGUAUGUAUAUGUGUAAUGUACAUAUAUAUUAUAUAUUAAAUAUAUAAUAUAUAUGAAGGUAUGAAAUACCAAAUGUUUAUUUUAAAUUCCUGAAUGUACCUUACAGGGCUGUGGGAGAGUGGUGUAUGUGUAUCUAGUAAUUUCAAGGAUCCCUUUUGAAAUGAAAUGUCUACUAAAUUUUUUUUUUUUUUUUUUUUUUUUUUUUUUUUUUUUUUUUUUUUUUUUAGUUCAGUUGAAAGGGCUAUUUGUUUUUUGUGCCUCUUUAGAGGGACUUAGCUGUACUAAAAAACUUACACUGUCUUGGAAGAGAAGAUAUUCCUAAACUGUUAAUUUUAAAAUUUCUGCUCUGUCAAAUCAUCAUCUUUUGCCACUUUAAUCUGUGCUAACUUGACCAUAUAAGGAUAAUUAAUAUAUCUUGGCUUCAGAAAUAGAUUUUCUGUAUAAUAAAACAGCUAUGUAAUAAGAAAAAGAGCAAAGUAUUACCUUUACAAUUUUUGCUUAACUGGAGAGAUAGAUUCCAAUCAUAAAAUUAUUGACAGUUUUUCAGAUGUUUUGUGUAUUUGCAAAACAGAAAUGGGGAUUUAUAUGCAGUAGGUUUUUUAAACAGUUAAUAUUACACUUCGCAGAGGUCAGUGGGUUUUUAACUAAUACUUGCUGGUUUUAUGUUACUGUUCUUAUUCUCCUGAAUUUGUGUACAGCUUUGGCAUAUAAUAAGCAUUUAUAAAUGGAAAAGCUUAACUAAAUAUGUAAUAUGUAGCAGACCUACCAUAUGGGAAAACAAACUCAAUGAAUGCAGAAAAUCAAGAUUUUAAGCUGGUGAUAAACUGUCUGUGUUGAAAGCCUUUUAAGUUAUUUAUUAGUUUAUUAAGUUGCUUUUAUUGGGGAAAGAUUUGUGUACACCAGCCUAGUACCUUCUGCAUGUGUUUGGGAUGUCUGAGAACACCUUGCAUGAUGCUACUGGUUUCAUUGCAGACUUGGGCUGCAAGCUUUGUUGUUUUCACACCAACUUUUUGUAACUAACAGGGACGAAAGCUUAACUGUGAAUUGGCCUAAAGAAUAAUAUUUGACCUCAUUGUUUCAAAGCAUUCCUAGGAAGUGUCUUUCAGAUAAAUAAUCAAAUGACAAAAUAUGACAGGUCCAACAGUACUGGACCCACUUUUGUAUUCGUUCAAGAUGUGUAAUUUCUACAAGAUACAUCAUUACUAAUAGAAUUAAUAAGGACAGCUUUUAGGUUAGAGUUAGUGUUCAAUGCCAAUCUUUUAUUCAGAAAAAUAGAACAAUGCAAAACAGUUUCAUUCUGAUAGUGAGCUAGCCUGAUAAUGCUCACUAUGUAGGAAAUAUAACCUGUUGUUGCAAUCUAAAGGAGUAAAUUUUGGAUACUUGAGAAUACUUCAAAAUAAUGUUAAACAACAGUUUCUGCUGAAGUAGUCAUUCUGAAAGCUCAUAAGCAAAAGUGAACUGCAGUUUUAUAAUAACAUAUUCAGCAAAAGUAAUAACUGGAUCAUGAAGCUGAACUUCACAAAGCUUUUGUUAAGAGCUCGUGCUGCCUUACUAUUCAGACAUCACACUGAUCAUGGUGAAAAAUAGGCAUCUGCUGUUACAAACAUGAAGAUUAGUGCCACUGUGCUGUUCCAUUGUUCUACAGAGUUGAAUGGUGGAACCUUCUGGUCAGCAGUGAGUGGGAGAUGGGCUUUUUUUGGAUCCAUUUAAUCCUGACAUGAAUCCAGAAGGCUUACGAAAAACUAAAAUAUGGCAAUAAAAGCCUUUGAAAUGUGUGGUGACAGUGAAACCAGAGGGACCAAAUUGCUAAGGUUGUGAGCAGUGCUUCCUACAAGUAUGUGGUAUGAUCAAAAAUGAUGUUUUAAAGUAGAGUAGUAACCCUGAUAAUCAUGACUUCCAUGUGUAUUGUGUAAGGUUCAAAGGAGUACCUGCUCACUUCUGUAUUAAGUUCCUUUGAAACAGCAGCUGGCAAAUGCUUUUUUUGUUUGUUUGUUUCAUGGAGAUCUUUAUCAGCACCUAGUGUUGGGGAAAAGCAUCUUGCAGAAAUGGAAAAGCAGGAAAAAGGUUGGUAGGUGUUACUCAAGUUUUUAAAAGAUUUUUUGGUCUUGCUUUUUGCCCACUACUUAAUCAAAGAAUUUUAGAAUGGUUUGAGUUGGAAUGGAUCUGAAAUGGGCCACUUUCCACAAGACCAGGUUGCUCCAAGUCCCUUCAAACAUGGCCUUGAAUACCUCCAAGAGAUGGGCAGCCACAGUUUCUUUGGGUAACCUUAUCUAGUGCCUCACCACCUUCACAGACAAGAGUCUCCACUGAACACCUAAUCUAAAUCUCCCAUCUUUUCGUUUAGAACUGUUUCCCCUUGUCCUAUCACUCUCUACCUGUGCAAAAAGUCAUUAUCCCUUUUUUUUAUAAACUUCUUUAAUGGGAGGUCACAGUGAGAUCUCCCUUAGAUACUGAGAGAUUUUAGAAGGAAAUGUUCCUUUGGCAAAGAAUCCAUGUCUGUUUCUAUUUUCUUAAAUUCAGAUCUCCCUUCCCCUCUUAGUGAUGUGACUUCUGUUUGCCAUCUACAGGACUUUCCCUGUGUUCCCUGCACAGAACCAAGUAAGCUAAAUGAGUUCAAGAUUAUAUUUUGACUUUUGUUUAGUUUAAAUUUAUCUAUUUUUUGAAGGAUUAGUUCCUUUAAAUAGCUCAAAUAACUUCAAAUUCCAUCUGAAACACGAACAAAUCUGUUAACGUUUGUUUAGACUCUGCACUUUUAUUAUGUAUGUCCCUUUAGACAAAGGGUUAAGAUAGCGAUAAAUCCAGGUCUUCCAGCAAAUUCAGGGGGGUCCAAACAUAACACUUGGGCUAUUUCUGAGUUAAGAGAAGUUGAUUAAGAACAGAAGAAUAGAAAGCCUAUUCUUACACUUUGUAGGUGGCAUUCUCAGGCUGCACUUGUCCUCUUUUGAUACUUUCUCAAGCUAUAGGUUAUGCCAGUUUUUGAGUUUUUGUUAGCUGCAGAGUCUUCUCUUCCAGAAUUCACUUGCAUAAAGGAUCCACACACAGAUUAAAUAGUAGCAUCAGUACAAGAGAACAUUCUUGUAGAGAAGACACUUACACAAAAUUAUUUUCUGUUGCAGUUGUUCUUUGCAUUUGAAUCACAACUACUGAAAGGUGUUUAAACAGAGAUGCAUUCUUCCCUGGUUCAUAAAGUGAAAUUUGUCUUAAGAACAGAAAUGCUGCCAAGACAUCAUCAACACAUAAAGGCAGCAUAACCUUACCUUGUGUAGUGUUUACCAAGUACAAAAAUUACAGCUAACUUCAAAGGAACAAUUCAAAGUGUAGUAACUACAGCUAAGUGUUAGGGAUAUUGCAUAUAUCACACAGAAAAUUGAACACAUCUGAUCUUAAAGGUGUUGGAAGGCUCUCCAAGUAGAAGGCCUUUUGUCUCUUUAUUCUCAUAUAGCUGUGCUUUUCACAGAGAUAAUUUUGAUCACUUUUUAAAUACUACACUUCAUGUUUUUUCACAUGACACAUUUUACACAUUUAUUUGUUCGACACAGCCCCUCCACACCCAGACUUAACCCCAGAGUUAAUUUUGUCACUAUAAAGUUCUUAGAUAGUUUUAAUUAAAUUUUAAGAAUUCAGUGCCCAGACAAAGUGGAGACAUUGAACAAGAUUGAGGCCAAAGAAAAAUGUGUAUUCUGUUGAAGAAAUCUAUUACAGCUGAGCAAAAUCUUAGUGGAGGAAGGCAACAGCAGGUUACUUGUAUUCUAAAUCAAAUACUAAAUGUGAAUCUUUACCAUUAUGAGUAAGACUGUUAUUUUUAGCAUCUGCAGCCUAAAUCCCAAAUGGCAAAUAAAGAGCAAUAUUUUGACCUCACGGAUACCUAGUCUAAAGAGCAUCUAGACAACAGAUGCUUAGAAGCCAGAUGUCUGAUCUCACUGAGCAGGCUGAUGCAGAUUGGUCUGUCCAUGCUUCAGAGUGAUUUUUGUGCAACUCCUUUAGGAAGGCCUGCCAUGCUUUGUUACCUCUGUUGCACAUGCAGUUUUGUGGAUGGCAUAUCUCAUUUGCACUCCUGAGAACCAGACUGAAAGGUCUUCCUCCUCUAGAUGAGAUCAUGAAACCAACAUGUCAUUUCCAGGCUGCUUUUACUGACAUCUGUAUAUGCUGCACUUAACUUUUUCCAGUCUCUCACUGUGGACUGCCAGGAGAGUAAUAAUGCACUGGAUGUUGUUUUACAUGCCAGUGUAUAUGUAUUUUUAUACCUUUGAUUUCAAUGGUGUUUUUAAUGGAAGUUAUUUUUAAUCCUAAUACCAUGGAUCAUAUUUUCAUUUUUUAAAUUAAUAUCAGUGCCUGCAAUUAGAAGUCAAAAACUUCUACACUGUUUUUUUUAAAAACUUGAUGUUCAGGCUGAAGUAUUAACAGGUAUGCAGUUUUAUAUCCAAGUCCAAAAUCCACCUGUAAAUACCAGAUUUUUUUUCCAUGUGAUUACACAUAAGUCAAGAACCCUUAAAAUUUGUACUUGCAGCAUUUUUUCUCAGCAACAUACUAUCCAUAUGAACUUGCUAUCUAUAAAAUACACAUCUCAAAAGAGUUCUGAAUAGCUUUUUACAAACUCCUUAAUGUUAAGUCAUUACUCUUACAGCUGUGCUGCAACUUAUUUUUUUUAAACCUGGCUUAAAAUUUGUGUGCUUAAAGUCAGCCUUAUUCUCUCUUCCUCUGUUCAUAGUAACUCUGCCUCCUGUAUGUGUUCAAAGCUUCCAGAAUGCAUAUUCACAGUAUUUUUCAUAAAAAUACAGGACAAAGAAAAAGGCACCAAAAAUUGUAUUUCAUAACUACAGUUCAUAUCCAUGUCAUGAUGUGCCAACAGUUCUUAUUUCUCCCGUCUUUGGUCAUUCCUUUCUUCCAUUGUUAACUGUAUGUAAGGUUUUCUAGGAGGAAUACACAUGGAAAAAUAUUCUGUAAUAGAAAAAGAAAGCCAUCUAAAGUUUCAGUCUUCCCAUUUAUAUGAGCAAAUAUUAAUGCAAAGACACUAUUAAAUAAUUCCAGCCUAAAAUUUCUUGUAGGGUAGACAUGUUACGAAGUGCACAGGGAACAUCUUCCAAUUUGUCAAUAUUCUACUUUAAAUGUUUUAGUUGCCUCUGUUGCUGGGAGCACAAAUUCAGUGUUGUUCUUCAGUUAAUAGUAGGGGUUUUUUUUGGUUUUUUUUAUAUUUAAGUGAAAAGCAUACAGUUGUGUCUACUCUAGAACAAAGACCUGAGACAAAAAGACUCCCCUCCCUUCAUUUCAAUAUUUGCCAAAUGGGAAAGACUCUGAUGUUAUAUAUGUAAAUUUUAGCUUCCUCUUACUGCUACAAUACUGUUAAAAUAUGUUUUUUAUAGUUACAGCUUUACAAGUAUUAAGACUAUCACGCUUCACAGUGAGGAUGGUGUUCAAGUGGUGUUUGCAUUAUAUGGAUCUGGUGUUGCAUUACCUGCAUUACAAAUUGGCUCCUAUGCUUUUAAAGGAUCAUCAGGAUCUGUGUUCAGAAGAGCACAGCACAGGCUGAAAAAGCUCACUUUGGGGAUUUUUUUUUUUUGUUUGCUUGUUGUGGGGAUAUUUUUAGUGGUGUGGAUAAUACUUGGGUGCAACUACUACAGCUAAUAAACAACCUCCAGUAAUAUUGCAAUCUUUUUGUACACUGUGAAGUGCCUAAUCGUGGGUGAUUCUGGUAGCCCUUGAAAUGGAGUUUGCUAUGAAAUUAUGUUUUUCAUUCAAUUUUUGGCUUAUGUGUGGUUUUGUGUUAUUACAUAUUGGAGACAAAUAAGAUUUUGAAGAAAUCUUUUCCAUUCCUCUUUCUUAAAUGGUAAUCUAACAACUUUGUCCUUAUCUGACUGAUAAUUGAAUACCCCUAAUUUAAGCUAACACCCCCUCCCUCUGCCACCUGCCACUUCUGCAUUGUUUUCUUUAUGACUGAGGGUGAGAAUUUACAAGACUUGGAAUGGAUUGACUUUCAAAGUUUUGUAGUGACACCUGGGUGUUGAAUGUACCCCAGUUAUGCAGGCACACAGUUGACUUCAGCCAGGUAAGUUGUUCUGCUUGGGCUCAGAAGGGCGACCCUGAAGGUCGCUAAAUCCUUAUGGAUUGGAGCACAAAGAAUAUCAAAUGUGGUAUGGCUAACUGGCAAAAAGCUUCAAAAAGUUUCACCUUGUAGAAUUCUGCUAGGGUAUUCAAUAGUGAAACCACCCUUACUUUAAAGCUGCUUGUCCACCUUCAGGAAUGCAAGAGCUGAAGGUAGAACAUGGCUGGUUCAGCAAGGAAGUUAAAGGAGUGAGAAAACAACAGGCCCCUGCUCCUGAGUUAAUUAUACAUUCUGCAUGAGAAGUGCUUGUAAGUUGACAUGGUGUUGCUGGUUCAAAUCUACCAAAGGAAACCCUCUUCUGAGGAAGGCAUGUUGAGCUUUUGACUCUAGAAAGUGGCUAUAGAGAUCUGUACUGUAUGAAGUACACUGUUUGGGAAAACCUGGUACAGUAAGCUUGCUUAAUAUUUCCUUACACUAUUUGUAAGAAGUUACAUUACAUUUUUUACUGUAGGGCAUUUAAGAAGCUGAUUUUGCCUUGCUCAGGCAGCAUUUUAUAUUAAUGUGAAAAUAAUAAGAAUUGGUUUUCCAUUUAAAUGCCUAAAUUUCUUUAACAACAGUAAAUUUCACAAAAAUGAAGCAAGGUUAUACUCUCUUAUUCCCUAUUCAUUUUGUUGAAAUGUUAACAGUUUAACUGCUUUUAUAAUUACAUUAUUAAAAUGUAAUUUUACAUGCACAUUAAUAAACUGAAAUUAUGUCUAUUAGUUGCUCAUGGUAAUACCACAGCAAAGCUAAGAGAAACUGUGAUAUCUGCUGUUCAUCACGUGGUCCCAUCAACUUGCUUGCCAUUGUAAAGCAUUUACCCAUGUUGGACAUACAAUAUCUACUGCAGUGAUGUUCCUAUAGUAUUUUAGCAUCUGUACGUGUACUCUGCAUGCCUUGCACUUGCCACACUGUAAAUGAUUAAAAAAACCCUUCCAUUAUUUUAUAUAGUAUUUCCCAUAUCUAAAAUAGGACAAUUUCUAAAGCCAAAGAUCAAUAAAUGUUUAUUGUCUACCA